AUGCAAUUAUUGGAUAUCACUGUUGCUAAAAUAGCAGCAGUGAUUAGCGCUGGCGUUACCAUUCUCCAAUUCACAUUUGGGCUGGCCCUGGUCAUCAUUCUCGUCUACUUGAUGCAAAACAGCAACACGCCAACCACCUGGAGCGUAUUUGUUCGGACACUACACUAUUCAUCUUGGCCAACUAUCUUAUCAACAGACGUAUCCAAUUCUGACCAUGUCGGAAAACGGGUGAAGUUGAUCAGUACCUUAUCGACUAUCACCAUGAUUUUAGCAACCAUCGCAGGCGUCAUCACCCCACUUGGCUUGUUGCCCACUUUUCGACAAGACGCAGCCAAAGUUGAUUUGUAUCCAGUUAGCGACAACAAGAUGUUGUAUAUUCCUCUGACACCGAGAAACAACUACUCAGAAACGAGAUAUUGUUCAGGGUAUCUCAAUCAAGCGGCACCAUGUCCCGGGCAAACUUUGGUAAACGUCACCGGUCUUGGUGCACUACAGACCGAUUUACAUAUACCUCAAAACAUCACCACUACCUUCAGCAGCACACCUUAUUCUUCUCCAUUUGAUCUCCAGUAUCGCCGAUAUGUCUUAUCGAACAGCGACUAUAACGUUUCUGGGUUGUUUCCAAGACCACAGCUGAGCAUAGCAAACUCCGUCGUACUUCGAAAUCAGUUGUAUGCGACUUCAGGGCUUAUCGUUGAUACCACAGACACACCAGGAAUUGGAAUCGGUGGUAUACAGGUGCCUAUACUCCCAUACGGUGCAACCUGGAAUCAAGACAUUAUGUGGAUAGAACCCGUAACAAGUUGUGUAGAUUUGAAUUUCACCCUCAACUACCAGUUGAAUGCAGCGGCCACCAUCAGCUCUGUGUUUGCAUCACCAUCGUCAAAUAUCAGUAUUGUAGAUAACGGUGGAUUCAGCAACCUCAAUGUUACAUACCCCGUAAUUGGACGAAAUGGGCAAGAAGUCACAAUGGAAGACAGAGCCAAUAAAUUGGCCUUUCUGUCCUUAGCAUACAUCAUGAGUCAAUGGAACAUCUCAAAGGAGAACACAGCGCUUGGAAAACGUUGGCCAAUCACUCAAACUGGCAACAUUGCUCUGCACCAGGUUGGCUUCUACCCAUCAUCUGAUAUAGCCGCGUUGUUUCCAAUCAAUUCUUCCCUCACUGUCAAAGAUGAUGCGAGCGACUUCAGUUCCCUGUGCGCCGGGUUUUUUGGAGCAGAUGAUGCAAAUAUUACGAAUACGGCCGUCAAAUGCGCAAUGCUGGUAGGAGGUCCAUCGCGUACUGACGGUGGAGACCCUCGAAUAGAUGAAGCUUUUUCAUCCUGGCAGCAGCCAGUCUACGCAUGUGCUUCAACCGUGCGUGCAAAAAUGCAAACCUUGACCAUCGCCUUCAACUCUUCGGUAACCAGCGGUAAUUUUGAUCUUUCUGAUCUUACGCUGACUCGGCAAGAUUCUAGUACUGUAAUGACAUGGGGAGUGGAAAAGACUGGCUUACCCAUCAGUGGUGUUGAUCCAUAUUGGGGACCAGUGGCCGACCAGUAUCAGAACGAUCCAUCUCUGUUUACCUUACAAUCAAAUACUUUAUAUUUACCUGCUGGUUCCGGUUCCACUUCUAUCUCAGGGCUUGGUAAAACUUGCCAUGCUAUGGCAUUGCCUCAAUAUGCACUUAGUGCAUCUAUGGAAGCGGACGAAUCUGGAAAACUCUACGACUACUCCGGGUCGUCCAAUGUUGCUUUACGUCAACUCUGGACAAAUCUUUCACUCUCAGCGUCAACAGCUUCAAGGAUGAGCAAUCUUAUAUGGACAGAUGUUAUGGCGAACAACCUUUAUAGUAAUUUUUCAGCGCAAUCUACAGUGGUGAUGCAAAAUAUUCCUUCAGUAGGGUACAACCUUUUGUAUGCUAUUCCAGCCUUCCUCUACCUGUUUGUGUGGCUGGCCAUGGUAAUCAGUGUCAUUAUAUUGUUUGUCACCAAGAGAAUCAGUAUCCACGCCAUCCGUCAAGCCUUGUAUCAAACAUCUCUUGGACGAAUCGUCAUCAAUGUAGCCACAUCAUCACCCAAUUUCAACAUGAGGACGAGAGACUGGAUAGAGACCGGCAAUAACACUGUCAUUGGCUUGAAUGUCACAGCUAAACUACAAGGCGACCAUAUGCGAUUUCAAAUGGUGCCUGAGACAUCCAAUCUUUGGCAAGUGCUCAACCCAAGGGUACCAACCAAUCUGAAAUCUGAGUCAAGGACUCGCAUAUCAGAACCUCUAGAGCUCUACCCCACAGAGUAUAAGCGCUGACAUGGCAUUUGUUAGUAUAGAAAAUCGCACCAUUUGUAGCAAUAAUAAUUAAUGCAUAUAAACAACCUUUGUGAUAGGG